ACAGAAUCAAAAAAAUUACAGAAAAGUGGAGAAGGAAUCCGUCCUCCAAAACUCCCAAAGAACCCAAGGCUAGGAGAUUCUGGCAGGCCCCCCCAGAGUUCUGAGUGGGGCUGUUUGUGUCUCCCUGAAGCGUCAGAAGGCAGAUCAGGACCUGUUCCCUCUGCCGAACAGAGGACAGAGGAACCAGUACAGGCAGCCUCCAGCUCCCCUGCCGAGGAAGCACAAGCUCCCGCCAGUCUCCUCGGGGAACCAGAAAAGGAGCCAGCACCCCUUCCUCUUUCCCAGAAUUCAGCCAGGAGGUUUGUCCCCCAGUUUGCAAAGUCCAGGAGGAUAGUGACAAGACCAGCAGAGUUGAGGGAAGAGGACCUCAGGAGUGGAACCCCUAAAAUCAGCCAGGAAACACCGCCAGGGCCCAGUAGCCAACAGGCCAGAAGCCGACUGCAAGAGGAGUCACUAGGGCUUGCUUCCUGGGAGGCCAGGGAGCUGGGAGCCCAGACCCAGGUAGACAGCACUCACCCUGAACACAGAGACCAAAACCCCAUGACACCUGUGCCUGGAAGUGGGGAUUCUCCGCCCUCGGCUUCCACCAAUGUCUCUCCAGAACGGGGGAUGGUACCCUUGGCCUCAGAGAGGGCCAGCCAGGACCACCUGUCGGAGCAAGGAACCAACACACCGGAUGGUGAAAGCAGGAAGGGAUGUUGGGUUCUAGGCUAUCGUGGCCAGAAAGGGCUCCUGCUGAGCAGUGAUGCUGAAGAGAAGGAGCCAGACCGAGGAAGCCUCCAGGAAGCAGGUGUCCAAGGGGGAGCAGAGGCUGACCUGCCUGAGGGGCACAGAGAAAAAGGAGACAGUGUCCUGGGUCCCUCCUCCACUCAGGGCACAGAGCCCGGAUCUGCAGACCAGGCCCUCUCUGACCCCAUGCAGAUACCCAGCAAGACUAGCAGGGAAGCAGAACAGAGCUGUAGUGGCCCAAGUCAUUCCUCCCUUGGGACCGUUGUCAUCACAGACAGGAGGACAGACCCCACUGAGCCAGAAUGGAGGGCUCCAGAGGUGGCCAAGCCAGAUGAACAGGCCAACACCAGGGCACCUUCCUCUCCCAGUGGGAAGGCCCCUGAUGGAGGCCACAGUGGGGUCCUGCUCAGCUGCACACUUCUCACUGGGGAGACAGGAGGCAGAAGGGAGGCAAGGUGGGAAGACAAGCCCCCUGGCAACAUCCUGGGGGGCCCUUUAGGCUCCCUGGCUCUGGAUCGCAGGAUAAAAGAGCCCAUAGUAGGUGCUGGAGAUUCCAGUCUUCUAGCCUCAGAAGUGGGCCCACCUGUUGAUCAAACAAGGGCGCCUGGCCUGGAUGAAGAGGGACUGGGGGGGAUAUGUGCACUGCCUUCGCUAUUGCAGCCUGAAGGUGAAAAGGCAGCUGAGUUAAGGAGCCAGAGCCCUAAAGAAGACCUUGACUGGUUCAAUCUGUCUCUUGGAGCCUUUGCUCCUCCAGUGCACAGAGAAGCAGUGGGUGGCCCUUCCCAGGAGACCAGGGCCUGCCACAACCACCCAGAUGCCCCUGAAGAUCCCACAGGCUGGUCUGAACUCCCUCCUGGCUCUGCAGACCAGGCUCUCUUGGGGGAGUCUCCAGCCAUGGAACCUCACUUCCUGCCAGACAGCCAGAUACGGGAUGCCCUAGAAGACCCUGACCUUGCAGCCUCACCUGAGCAGAUACUGCAGGAUGAGCAGGAGACAGUGCUACACCUCAGCCAUCAGAGACAGAGCCAUCUGCCAGCACAGAUCAGCCCUUCAGAAAGCACAGGCCCGGCAGGGGACACCAGGUUGUUUCCUCUGGGGAGCAGGCUGGACUCUUGUUGGCCUGGCACAAGCCUACAUGCUGAUGGAGGCCCCCUCACUGACUUCCAACUGAGGACAUGUGUAGGGAUCAAAGCUUGCGAAGCUGCCAGGAUGGAGGACGCAACAGACACCGUGCGUGGCCUUGUCGUUGAGCUCUCUAACCUGAACCGGCUGAUCAUGAGCACCCACCGGGACCUGGAGGCCUUCAGGCGCCUCAACUACAGGAAGGCAAGGCCAGCAGGGAAAGCGCCGGCACCCUACACAUCAAAGGGAGCUGGGAAUCUCCCUCCAGGGGAGCGAUCCUGGAGGGAUUUGUAG